CCUGUUCAGAAGACACUGACGAAAAGUAACAAUAAAAACGAACAGGACCUUUCGGGCGAUUUGUUGUCAGUCGUAUGCGUGUGUCCAAAAUCGAGUGUACCAUGGUCUCGUUCAUUGGUCAAUGCUUCUCCUCCAUAACCGACUGUUUCUAUAGCACGGGCGAGUGGAGCCCGCAUCCUCGGGGCCACGGAUUUCCUCUGCCCCCUCAACCAGAUGUUAUCCUCGACUCUAACGCCAUGGGUUCGGAAGCCGUGUUGGUGAAGAAUGCCACCCGUUUGUGCGGCACGGGGGGCGUGCGGGCCUCCGCACCCAUCCAACAAAAUAAGGCUUACUGGGAGGUCAAAAUCCAACAAUCUGGUAUUUGGAGCUGCGGGGUGGGUCUGCGAAGCUGUGAUUUGAGCCAGACAUUAGGCGAAGACGGCAAGAGUUGGGUGAUCAAUAGUGAAAAUGUGAUACAGCACAACCGAAAUGUGGAAUAUCGCUUAGAUCAGAUGAAGGUCCAAGAAGGCGACGUUGUGGGCUUCAGCUACGAUCAUGUGGAAUUGAAUUUCUAUCUCAAUGGUGUCAAUCUCAACACGCCACUCUUGGGUAUUAAGGGCACGGUGUACCCUGUUCUCUAUGUGGAUGAUGGAGCCAUCUUAGACGCCGUGUUUGACUCAUUCCGAACUGAACCACCUGCUGGUUUUGAUCGCAUCAUGGUUGAGAAAGCACUACUGUAAGUGGAAUUUUCCCAUGACCGGUGCCGGAUGGUACUAACGUAUUAUUAUUAUUAUCAUUGUAAGCAUUCCCCUCAUUUACCAUCAUAUCCGUCAAGAAAAUCUACAGUAACAGACAAACGAUCAACGUUUUGUCUCUAGCUCUAUAUCUAUUUAUCAUUUAACCCGUGUUGAUAUGUCGAUGCCAAUACAAAAGAAGUGUCUCAAGGUCAUAGAUUUA